CUUAAAAGAGAAGCCGGACUAACAUGUCUUGACCCGACGCCAUUUUAUCCCACAUGGUGGUGAAUGAUGUCCUCCAGCAGAUUCAGAUCUAGUGCGGAUCCUCCAUCCUAUACCACCUUUUCCCCUCCUGUCAUGUCUCUUUCUCUAUCUUCAAAAGCCCUCGGUUCUUCAUUGCCCACAGAAGCCAUCCCACUCCUCCCUUCAGAUAAGCCUCGCCGAUCAUGCUUUCCACCCAUACCAAGGGUGUUCUUCACAUCCUUCCUUCUCGCCAUGACAUUUUCAUUCACUCAAACUUCUCUUAUCUACGCCUUUCGAAUCAUGACAUGCGAUGAGUACUACAAGACCCACGACGAAUGGGUUGGAACAGGUGAUAGAUGUUCGAUCCCGAGGAUCGAAGCCGACAGUGCUUCACAAAUCGCCAUCAUGAGUACUGUUACGACAUCGUGCACCAUUGCGAACCUUUUCAUCACGGGGUGGUUUAUCAAAAAGUUCGGCUGCAAAGCGGCCAUGUUCCAGCAAACUUUUUGGGCAGCAUUGCGGAACCUCACUCAGAUGUAUGCCCUCUCUAUUGGUGGCGGUACCGGUAUGCAGAUCAUCCAAACUACUCAGCUUUUUAAUGUGUUGGGCUCCGGGGGAGGGUAUCAAAUUGCGAGUAACGUCUUCAUCUCGACGCUUGUUGCUGCCGAGGAGAGAACAAGUCAAUUCGGUGUUUUGACUGGUGUUAUCAUGCUGGGUUCAUCAUCUGGCUACACUUUCGGCGGUCUCGCGUAUAAGUGGUUUGGCCUGCUCGCACCUUUCCAAUGCGCCUUUGCGCUACUCUGUUUCUGCACGGUUUUUGGAUCUCUCUUCCUCCCCUAUAUCCCACCGGAAGGUGACCAAUGUACCGACGACAAAAAGAAGAUGAAAAAGUCAUUUUUUUCCCCUCUCAAGAUUUUCGUUCCCACCAAAACCGCGGUCAAUGACAAAACCAAGGACGAUUACAAUCUGCUACUCUUGGCCUGUGGAGCAUUUUUUAGUGUUUUGGCGACAGGCUAUGUCAGUAUGGGGCUUCAGCUCGUAGGGACGGACAAGUUUGGCUUCCAGCCAGGCGAGAGCGGUAUCAUGCAAUCCCUCAACCUUCUGGUCAAGGCAUUCUUCCUCUCCAUCUGUUUCCCUCGCAUCAUCGCUGUUGGUCGACGAUAUGUAUCACACCGACAAGAUGUACCUUCCUUCCCUGCUACUGAGCAUCCCGAAGACCCUUAUCAAGCCGAAGAGCCCGACGAUAUCGGCGCACCUCGUCAAGAGCAAGCUCAAGCACCAACUGACGCCAAACAUGGAUCCCUCUUUGACCUUUAUUUUCUCCGCUGGUCCAUCUUCACCGAUGGCGUCCUCACCGCCCUCACUGCUUUGAGUACGAAGGGAUGGCAUCUGUAUGCGGCGGCUUGUGUGUUGCCAUUUGCAUCUGGAACGGGAUCUGCUUGUAAAGGUGUAGUCUUGGAUUUUGUCGAUUCUGAAGAGCGGGCAGAUGCUCUGAGUGCGAUUGCUUUGGUCGAGAAGAUUGCUCAAGUAUCUACGAUCUCAGUGUUUGGAUAUGUUUUUGCAUGGCUCAGCGAAGAGGGAAAACCGACAUUGGUGUUUUUGGUCAAUGGGUUAACGGCUAUUAUUGCGUUCCUUUUUCUUCUCUUCGUAAAUAUACCCAGACAUGGCGAGGGUAAAGUCGCGAUUCGAUAAUGAUUUGGCGUCGCCAGAUGUAAUGCGUAAUCGUAGAGAAGUGCAUUUAGAUGUAUUUUUGUGUAUGAGCUUAUGGAUUUGACGUUUGCGUAGUUGAAUCGGUAGUUUGGGA